AUGGAAGGGAGCGAGGUCAGGCUGCGCGUAAUUCAAUACUUUCUCAGAAAUUCUCCUGUAGGAGAACUUAAAGAAGUCUUAAAUGACCUAAAAGGAAUAGUUGGGGACCAAGAACUCCUGGAGCAGGAAACCAUACAAGACACCCUUAUUGAGUGCUUAGCUGCACAUGGAGCUACUGUUUCUAUUGGUGAGAGCCAAGCUAUGCUGACUCCACAAGGAAGGACUGGGAGUAGUUUUAUUGACCCGAAGAUUGCAAAACGCUUUAUUUUCAACUCCCAUACAUUUGAAGCAGAAUCUGUUGAAGAAAUUGAGCCUCAAAAUAGCAGAGCUCAAGCUAUUCAAACUAAGCUUGACCAAUAUCUAAGUCAGCAUUAUUCUGAAACUGCACAGGCUAGAGUCUUUACGAAUGAAGAUGGAUUUUCUAUAUUUUUGGCAUCGCCAGUCUUGAAUUUGAGAAAUAUGUGGACUGGAGAAUGGCUGAGCAAUUGGAAAGUUGUAGGGAAUAAGAUUGAAGGGGAAAUUAAUAUUCGUGCGCAUUAUUUUGAAGAAGGGAAUUUGCAGUCAAAUCAAAAAAAAGAAUGCAGCAAAAACAUUAAUGAAGGAGAUGAUGAAGCGUUUGCGCAGGCUGUUAGUAGAGCUAUUUUUGAAUUUGAAGAUCAAGUGCAUAGAGGAAUGCAUGCGCUGUAUGAGCAGAUACCUCAGGCGUGCUUUAAGUCAAUGAGAAGAGCGCUGCCUGUAACUCAGACGAAGUUUUCAGAAAUUCAUAAAACCAAAAUGCUGUCUUAA